AAACAGGCGAAAGCCGACCACGGACAGCUCGAAAGUGUUAAGACUGGAAGAGUAACGAGAGCAGUAACCAUGCCAAGCAAACAAUUCACUGCAGCCGACAGGACUGCGCUCGCUCAGGUCGGCAAGGUUUUGUCGCAGCAUGCGGAAGCUUUCGGUGCAGAAUCUUUGGCCAGGUUGUUUCUAACUCAUCCUGCAUCCAAGAUUUAUUUCAGUGAGUUCACUGACUACAGUGCUGCCGGCCCUCGAGUCAGAGUCCACGGUGCUAAAGUACUCGGAGCUGUGGCCAAAGCGAUUGGGCACUUGGAUGAUCUGCAUACUCACCUGGAACCGCUUGCCGCCAAACAUGGCCAUGAUCUUCUGGUGGAUCCUCAAAACUUCCCGACACUUGCUACAUGUAUCUUGGUAACCGUGGCCUGCCACCUGGGUGAGUUCGGACCUGCUACCCACUGUGCUCUGGACAAGUUGCUUACUAUAAUUUGCCAAGAACUGAGCUCCCAGUAUCGUUAGAAAUGCAGCAGAAAGCAGUUUGAUUCACAUCCUUCAAACCUCUGUGUGCACCUUCCCUGCAAGGCAAUAAAUCCUCGUUCUUGUAAACAAACUUAAUUUUGCUGUAGCUCCCACUGUUUAAUCUAGUUUGCAUAUUUCUUCAGUUUUUUCCAUUUUCUAAUUAUUACUGAGUAACAAUAAACAAUUGCUUUCAUCAAUGA